AUGGCCGAUCUUCCGGUCUCGGCCACGAAAAACAGACGUGUCCACAGCCUAAAUACCGGAGACAAUAUUCCCGCAAUCGGCCUGGGCACAUGGCAAUCUAGACCGGACGAAGUGCGAGCUGCGGUUGAGGCUGCCCUUGUGGCCGGUUACAGGCACAUUGAUGCAGCUGCCGCCUACGGGAACGAGGCCGAAGUUGGCGAAGGCAUCCGCAAUUCCGGGGUCCCGAGAGACGAUAUCUGGCUGACGACUAAGAUCCAUAAUCAGUGGCACACCCGCGUUUCUCAGGCACUGGAUGCAUCAUUGGAGGCGCUGGGUACUGAUUAUGUCGACCUGUAUCUCAUCCACUGGCCAUCGUCAACCGACCCAACCGACCUCAAGAAGCACCUGCCCGACUGGGACUAUAUCAAGACGUGGGAGGAGAUGCAGAAGCUUCUUUCUACAGGCAAGGUCAGGAACAUCGGGGUAUCCAACUUUGGUAUUACCCACCUUGAAAGGCUCCUCAGCAGUCCGACAUGCAAGGUGGUUCCCGCCGUCAACCAGAUUGAACUUCACCCAAACAACCCCUCGCCCAAACUUGUGGCCUACAACACGAGCAAGGGCAUACACAGCACCGGCUACUCCUGCCUUGGCUCGGCUGGCUCUCCGCUCUACCGCAAUGAAACUUUGAUUGAUCUGGCCGAGUCCAAGGGCAAAACGGUGCAGCAGAUACUCAUCAUGUGGGGCCUGCAGAAAGGAUGGUCUGUCAUCCCGAAGUCGGUAAAUCCAUUAAGAAUCCGGGCGAACUUUGCUGUUGAUGGAUGGGAUCUCACAAGAGAUGAAGUUGCCAUUGUGGACAGUAUUCCUGAUCGAUUCAAAGUAUGUGACGGGUCCUUCUUACCACCGGAGAUGCACGGCAAGGUGUUUCUUGGCGACGAUGAGUAA